UUUGUAUUUAUUUGCUUGUAAAUAAGAUAAAACAUGAAAAUUAACAUAUAAAUAAAUCGUUUAAAAUGUCAGAAGAAAAAGCUGACGUUGCUCCUCCUGUAAAACGUUACAGGCGCGAUGAAAAGUCUUCAGAAUCUGAGGAAGAGAUUGAUAAUUAUGUACCUUAUGUUCCGGUAAAAGAACGUAAGAAACAGAAGUUAUUAAAACUUGGCCGGCUUGGACAAGUCGCUGCGGAGGCCGCCGCGGAAACAAAGAGCUCUAGUGACAAUGAUUUGGACGAUGAAGCAUCUCAAGAGGAAUGGGGUCGUAGAUACAAUGUCUCGCUUUUGGACCAGCAUAGCGAGUUGAAGAGGCUAGCGGAGGCUAGAGCGCUAUCUGCAGCUGAACGACAAGCAAGAGAGGAACAGCACAUAUUAGAAAGUGUUGCUCAAAGCAAGGCUUUGAUGGGUGUUGCUGAACUGGCCAAAGGUAUUCAAUAUGAGGACCCAAUAAAGACAUCAUGGAGACCACCUCGUUCUGUAUUAGAUAGACCUCCGGAGAAGAAUGAUCUGAUCAGACAACAACUUAGGAUAUUAGUGGAAGGGGAGGAUGUACCUCCUCCUAUUAGGACAUUUCAGCAUAUGAAGUUUCCUAAAGGUAUCCUAAGAGGACUUGAAGAGAAGGGUAUAAAAAAACCUACACCCAUACAAGUUCAAGGUAUACCAGCUGUUCUCAGCGGCAGAGAUAUGAUAGGCAUUGCUUUCACUGGCUCCGGAAAGACUUUAGUCUUCAUACUUCCUAUUAUAAUGUUUUGUUUGGAACAAGAAAUCAAAAUGCCAUUUAUAAGAAAUGAAGGACCAUAUGGUCUAAUUAUUUGUCCAUCACGUGAACUUGCAAAACAAACAUUUGAUAUCAUCCAACAUUUUGUCAGACAUAUCAAGUUGUGUGGCAACCCUGAAAUACGAAGUUGUUUAGCUAUUGGGGGUGUGGCAGUGUCAGAAUGUAUGGAAGUUGUACAAAGAGGUGUUCACAUAAUGGUGGCAACACCUGGACGUCUAAUGGACAUGUUAGAUAAGAAGAUGGUUCGUCUCAACGUGUGUCGUUACUUAUGUAUGGAUGAAGCUGAUCGUAUGAUAGAUAUGGGCUUCGAAGAGGAUGUCAGAACUAUAUUCUCGUAUUUUGCUGGUCAAAGGCAGACGUUACUCUUCAGUGCGACUAUGCCUAGGAAGAUUCAGAACUUUGCUAGAUCAGCUCUGGUGAAGCCUGUGACGGUGAACGUAGGGAGAGCUGGUGCUGCUUCACUGAAUGUGCGCCAGGAGUUGGAGCCUGUGAAGGCUGAAGCCAGGACUGUACAUCUGCUGCAGUGUCUGCAGAAGACUCCACCUCCAGUGCUGGUCUUCGCGGAGAGGAAACAAGAUGUUGACGCCAUUCAUGAAUACUUAUUACUGAAAGGUGUUGAAGCGGUGGCCAUUCAUGGAGGCAAGGAUCAGGAAGAGAGAUCUCGUGCUGUGGAAGCAUUCAGACGUGGGGAGAAAGACGUCCUGGUUGCUACAGAUGUUGCCAGUAAAGGUCUUGACUUCGCGAACAUCCAGCACGUGAUAAACUACGACAUGCCGGAGGACAUUGAGAACUACGUACAUCGUAUAGGACGUACUGGACGUGCGGGCGGAGAAGGUGUCGCCACCACAUUGCUCGGCCGCGCCGCUGAUGACAGUGUACUGAGAGAUCUCGUACAUCUACUGCGAGAAGCAGGACAAAAGGUACCAUCAUUCUUGUUGGAUAUGAUCGGUGAGCCGGAUGUACCAAUUGCUGAUGGUCAGGGAUGUUCAUACUGCGGAGGGCUGGGCCACAGGAUUACAGAAUGUCCCAAACUGGAGGCUGUACAGAACAAGCAAGCUUCAAACAUCGGCAGACGAGAUUAUCUCGCGAAUACUGCAGCAGAUUAUUAAUAAAAUUAUGCAUUAUUGUAAAAUAGUGUUCCAAUCCUUUCCCCUC